CGCCCCAGCGUCCCGGGCGGUUUCUUACCUUCCUCGGGGCACGGAGCCCGCCCCGCCCGCAGCGUGCUCGGCCGGCGGGGCGGCACCGCGGGCGGGCGGCAGGGGGCGCUGGUUCCUGCCGCCCGGAGCCGGAGUUUGAAAAGUGCCGGCGGCGGCGGCGGCUCCGCGGGGUGAGGAGAGGAGAGGACGCUGUAGGCGCCAUGGCGGGCCCCGGCCCCUGGCAGAACCUAGUCUCUUGCCCAGAGCGGCUUUCUGUUCCCUCAAUAAAUGAUGGAGUCAGCAGCAUCUCUUUUUGGACGAGGCGCUAAGUACUUCUGCCUGAGUCGAAAACAUGCUUACAGGGGCAGCUGUCUUCAGCAGCUAAGCGAUGGGGUAAACUUCAUGGAUCCAGGUUUCCAGCAAAAACUUGAAGAUGAAAAGGAACUAAUUCGUCGGGCCAUCCAGAAGGAACUGAAGAUCAAAGAGGGGACAGAGAACCUGCGCAAGGUGACAACAGACAGGAAGAACCUUGUACAUGUAGAGCACAUGCUGAAAUCUUCCAGUCGGAAACUGGAACAGCUGCACUGGGAGCUUCAGGAGCUUAAUGCUCGCAUUGUAAUAACGGAGAAACCAGAGAGAAAGACAGAUGAGUCUAGGUCUCCAGACCCUUGUCUCUGGGAACAGGACUCAAGCCUGGUGGCAAGGAGGAUUGAGGCUCUUAAAAAACAGCUGCACAUUGAGAUGAAGGUGAAACAGGGAGCCGAGAACAUGAUCCAGAUGUAUUCAAACACAGCAUCAAAGGAUUGGAAGCUGUUUGCUACUGCCCAGCAGAUGCUUCAGGACAGCAAGAUGAAGAUCGAGAUAAUCCGCAUGCAGAUUGUGAAGGUGUCUCAGUCGGCAGGAGGCACGGAGGAUGCAGCGGAUCCAGCAGUGAGGACAGGGGCUAACAUCAGUCUCCUGGAGCUGCGCAUUGAGGAGCUGCAGCAUCACCUACGCAUUGAAGCUGCUGUGGCAGAGGGGGCAAAAAAUGUGGUGAAGAUCAUAGGAGGCAGCCGGGUGCAGGAUCGCAAGCUGUUGGCUGAGGCUCAAGGCCGCUUGCAAGAAUCAUCUCAGAAGAUUGAUCUGCUGCGUUUGUCCCUGGAACGGCAGCUUAGCGAGAUUUCUCCUGAUCACCCAAAGCGGGCAGCCAUCAAGCAGGAGCUAGUAAACACUUCCUCUCUGGGAGCCCAGCAUGGCAGGGUCCAGCCUUCUACUUCACUGAUCAAACCUACAGCUCUUACAGGAACACUGGAAGUGAGACUGAUGGGGUGUCAGGAUCUGUUGGAGAAGGUUCCAGGACGUUCCCGAAUGGCUGCUUCAUCUCCUAUCCAUGCAUCUCCAAGUGACCUGUGGUCCCUGACCAGAGCAAGGGCUGGUAUGGGCAUCUAUGGCCUCAGCACUUCAGGAAAGCACUUGCGGAACGAGGAGCUAUGUAAUGAGGUGCUUGCGGUGCUCAAAGUGGACAAUAAAGUGGUUGGUCAGACAAACUGGGGGCCAGUUAAUAACCAGGCAUGGGACCAGAGCUUUGCUAUUGAGCUGGAUCGGUCCAGAGAGCUGGAGAUUGCAGUUUAUUGGCGUGACUGGAGAGAGCUGUGUGCAGUGAAGUUCUUGCGUUUGGAUGACUUCCUCGAUAAUGAACGCCACGGGAUGUGCCUCUCUCUUGAGCCCCAGGGGACGCUUUUUGCAGAGGUGAUGUUCUGUAACCCUGUUAUUGAGAGAAGGCCCAAGCUGCAGCGCCAGAAACGCAUUUUCCCCAAACAGAAAGGAAAGGAGUUUCUCCGAGCUUCUCAGAUGAACAUAAACAUUGCUGCCUGGGGCCGCCUAAUGAUGAGCAUCCUCCCACCAUGUAGUUCCCCGACCACUCUCAGCCCUCCACUUCAGGAUCCUGCUCAUUCAGAUUUCGCCUCUCCAGCUCCACUGCCAAAUCAAAUUGAUUUGAUAUCCAGUAACUUUCCAGUGGGUAAACUGAUAUUUGAUGAAGAACCUCCCUGCAAGCCUCCACGCCUCUUUCUGCCGGCAGACUCCAAAGAAAUGGUGCCUUCUCCCACAGACUCUCCAUGUCUGAAGAGGCUGCAUGUCGAAGGGAUUUGCAGCUUGGCUGUAACAGAAACACCAAAUCGAGCUUCUCCAAGGAAGAGAACCGUCCAGCUUCAAGACUUUCACUGCAUUGCCAUGCUGGGACGCGGGCACUUUGGAAAGGUCCUGCUAGCCCAGUACAAGGCAACAGGGAAGCUGUACGCUAUCAAAGCCCUGAAGAAGAAAGACAUUAUUAACAGAGAUGAAAUCGAUAGUUUGCACUGCGAGAAGCGCAUUUUUGAAGUGGUCAACUCUUCUGGCCACCCCUUCCUGGUGAACAUGUUUGCGUGUUUCCAGACGCCAGAUCAUGCCUGUUUUGUGAUGGAAUAUACUCCUGGGGGUGACCUCAUGACACACAUUCACUCGGAAGUUUUUCCAGAGCAUGUGACACGGUUCUACACAGCCUGUGUAGUCUUGGGGCUCCAGUUCUUACAUGAGAAGAAGAUUAUUUACAGGGACCUGAAGUUGGAUAACCUGUUGUUAGAUGCUGAGGGCUUUGUGAAGAUUGCUGAUUUUGGGCUGUGCAAGGAAGGGAUGGGUUUUGGGGACCGUACAAACACCUUUUGUGGCACUCCUGAGUUUCUGGCUCCAGAAGUCCUGACAGACGUUUCAUACACCCGGGCAGUAGACUGGUGGGGGCUAGGAGUGCUCAUUUAUGAGAUGCUUGUUGGUGAGUCACCAUUCCCUGGAGAUGAUGAGGAAGAGGUCUUUGACAGCAUUGUCAACGAAGAGGUCCGCUACCCGCGAUUCCUUUCUUCAGAGGCACUUUCCAUCAUCCGCAAGCUUCUCCAGAAAUGUCCAGAGCGUCGUCUUGGGGCAGGAGAGAGGGAUGCAGAGGAGAUUAAACCCCAGGCCUUCUUUAAGAUAAUUGACUGGGAUGCCCUGCUUGCCAGGACGCUGAAGCCCCCUUUUGUGCCGUCUUUAAGAGACCCUACUGACAUUAGCAACUUUGAUGAAGAGUUUACCUCUCAGAAGCCAGUCCUGACUCCUCCAGACAAGCUCCGUGUCCUAUCCCAGAAGCAGCAGGCUGCCUUCAAGGACUUUGACUUUGUCUCCAGACACCUUCUAGAAGUCUGACUGUUGUGAUCUCUACCAACACCCUGAUUGCUUCUACAGAGUGACUUGCCAGUGACCAUGGAAAAGUCAAGUCACUGACGGGCAAAGACUGUUCACAGGGCUGAUAUAAUUAACUGCAGAAAGCAGGCUGGUCUGCCAGCUGUUUUUUUCUAUUACAUUUUACUGUUUCCCUCUGGUAGGGGGAGGGCACUGUGUGUGAACUACCUUUGAGAGGGGUCAUGCUUGUUGGGCGUGUUUGAAACAGUCCUUGGCAAACUGUAAUGCCAUCCUUGGAAGGACGUGGGCACCUGAAUUUUACUCUAGCCUUAAUACCUUAAUGUAUCCAAGUGGAACAGAGCCUCCACCAGUGUCCAAACUAUGGCUGCAGAAGGGUCUAGCAAACUGCUUAACUUCUCAGAACAGGCUGAUCAUAGGCAGGGGAACUGGCAUGUUCAGCUUGUCUUCUAGAAGGGAUGUGGCACUCACUUUUUUUUUUCUCUCUUCACAAUUGAUUUAUACUGUUCCUGUUGGGAGUUUUGGAGGUGAUGUAGUUAGUAUAGUCUGGACAAUGAAGGUCAGGUUUGGAAACUUGCCCAAAUGUCUUGCCUUGCUUUAUGGAAGGAGCAAGAGAUUAUUUCAACUGACUUGCUAUGGUUAAAUCUUGUUUUUAACAAGUACUGACCUAAAACCCCAUGGCUUUUGCACGUGCUGUGCUGGAGAUGUAGAUGUACUUUUCCUGAACAAAAUUCUGUCUCUUGUCCCCCCCCCCCCCCC